AUGAAUGGUACUAAUGGCAUUCCGAAUUCUCUUCCAACUCUUGACGGCAAGAAUUGGAUCCGAUGGAAGAAACAGAUGCAAUCCUUGUUUGGCUUCCAUGAAACCCUAGAAGUGGUUACAACUGGCGUACCUGUGUUGGCUGCAGAUGCAACCGAAGCACAGAAAACAGCCCACAACGAAGUUAAGAAGAAAUAUUCCAAGGCUGCGUAUUGCAUUCAGACGGCGGUAGAUUCAGGGAACUUCGACAGGAUUUCUCAUGCUGAAUUGGCAAAGGAGGCAUGGGAUAUUCUGGUGAAGUAUCAUGAAGGAGGUGAGAAAGUCAAGGUUGUCAAGUUGCAAACCUUGCAUCGACAAUAUGAUUUGUUGUUGAUGGGAGAAGACGAAAAUGUUGCAGAGUAUGUGUCGAAGGCGCAGAAACCUGUCCAUCUCAUGAAGGGUUGUGGUGAAACCCUAACUGAUAAGAUGAUAGUUGAGAAGGUAAUGCGUACGUUGACCCCUCACUUUGAUCACGUUAUCGUAGCUAUUCAAGAAUCCAACAAAGUAGAAGACCUAAAAUUGGAGGAUCUGGUUGGUUCGUUAGAGGCACAUGAGAUUAGGAUUGUUGAAAAGAAAGGAGCUCAUAAUUCGAUACAGGCAUUGCAAGCUCAGUCAUGGAAAAAGAAUGGUGGUUCCAACAAAUUCAAAGACAAAUUCGACAAGAAUCAAGGCAAGAAGCCUUGGUCGAAUCCCCACAAGCAACAGGAUGAAGAUAGAACUUCUGAAUCCUCGAACGGGGGAGGAGGAAACUAUCGAAAGGACAAAGAAGAUAAAAAGAAAGACAAUGGAUCGAUAAAAGGCAAGGACGAAGGAGCGAAACUUACACGCCAAGAUUCAGAUGAUUCUGAAGGUGGUACGGUGGUUAUGGCUGCAGUUGUAGAUAACCAUGUCGAAUCCAAAAUGUGGUUUCUCGACUCAGGCUGCUCGAAUCACAUGACUGGUCAAAAGGUGUGGUUGGCAGAUUUCGACGAGUCGAAGAAGAGCAGGGUAAAACUUGCUGGUAAUAUUUUGUUUCAAGCAGAAGGUACUGGCAACAUAUUUUUUCAAAUGAGCGAUGAAGCAAAAGCCAUGAUCAAAUAUGUGCUUUAUGUACCUGGAAUGAAGUGA